AUGCAAGUGAGAAUGGAAGAAGAUGCAGUAAGCAGAUAUGAAAAUAAAUUCAAACAAUGGUUCAGUCGUACUUUUAAGAUGAAUACAAAGUCAGUUACUAAAGAAUCGAGCAAGUCAUUCACAUUACCUCGUUCAUUGAAGGAAAGCGGUCCAAAUAAUUCCAUUGAUCAUCAGGAAUUAACAGCCAAAGCUAUAACAUUUCAUAAAAAGCAUAGCGGUUUAAAUGAAGCACCAAAAUUUAUUGGUUUGCUGAAAUCUGAAUAUCAUAUCAAACCUGUCCAGAAUGCAGAGAAUUUCCCAGCUGAUCAAGAAAUGCUGUUCAUUUUCGAACCAAUUCUACUGUAUUGCUAUGUUCAGCCAACUGCACAAGAUGUGGUAUUUAUUUGGCAAAAGGACUCUGUUGAAAUACAUCCAAGUGAUAGAAUUGAUAUACUGUGUCAGGACACUGCAACUCAAUUAAGGAUUAGUAAUCCAAACAUAUCAGAUAAUGGAGAUUAUGACUGUAUUGCAGUUAACCCUGAAGGUCGAUGUUCCACACACACUCAGGUUUUAAUCAAAAUAUCAGAAGAGACCGAAAAACUGGAGGAAUCCAUAAUACCAAAAGGCAAGCUAAAAGACAGUGACAACUCUUUCAGUCAGAAAACUGUCUCAGGUAAAUUGAAUGGAUGUCCAAUUUCAGUAAGUGAUCACAGAAAACCUUAUCGCUUGAUUACACAUUACGAACCAUUGGGACGUAUAAGCUUUCGGCGUACAGUAUGUUAUUCGAAAAGAAUCAUGAAUACAAAUAAAAAUGAUAAUGUAAUCGAAAACCAAGAUAUGGUUUUAAAAUUCAAUUCCGUUUCUGAAUGUGAGAAUAUCAUCUUUUUAAACGACAAACACAUAGGGAGUAGACGAUACUAUGGAGAUAAAAAAGGAUGGAAAUAUAAUUCAUUUCGUUAUCUACGCAGUUAUGACAUGAAUCAAACUCCCAGUUGUAUGCCAAGAUCUGAAGACAAAGAACUGGAUGAUAUUUUCAAUAAUGAAGAAUUUAAUACUCAAAAAUUGGCGUCAAUCAAAGAUUUUAGAAACUCCAAUAGUCUUAAUUUCACUGAAACAAAAAAUAGUUGUGCAAUUCUGAAAAGAGAUCAGUCAGGUUUUUUCUCUAAAGAUGAAGUCUCACCCUUGAAGCACAGUUUGAAGAAGUUGAAUGCAAGCAAAAGACGUCAUCAGUCCAGUACUUUGCUAUCUAAUGGCGAUCCAGAAUCUCCAGAUUGCUGGCGUUAUUACUACCAGGAACAACUAAACCCGGAGGCCAUCAAUAUUACUAAAUGUAGAGUAAGAAAACGUCACUCAUUUGCAACUGAUUCAUUUCGUCCAGUCACAAACGGGAAUAACUGGAAACUGUUACCUAAAACCUCGUACGAUCGAUCUAGGAAACAAAGCACUACACCAAUACACAGAGCAGAAAGUUUGUCAAUGUCAAAGAGCACUACUGUAUCAGAUAUGAAGUCGAUUAGUGAAUUUCUCUUUUGUUCUAAUAUCCUAAAUAUCAGCCAACAAUCAGCUACAGGCUCUUCUAUAUCAGAUGUUAUUAACCUAUCAGGUUUACAGUCACCGAAAUCAGCACAAAGAUCAUGGAGUGACAUUGACCUACAUCUACUAAAUAAUGGCAAACUUGUUGAAGUAAGAUUGUUGAAUGAACCAAACAAAGAAAAUCAACAAGAUGCCAUCAGUAAUGCUGUGCAAGAAAUAAUUAUGCAAUAUACCAAAGCAUCACGAAAUUCCUCAACGUCGAUCAUAGCAAAACAAGAUUGUGAAUAUAGAUUUAUAGAUGACGAGGGCAUCAACCAUCCGGAAACAACUGUAGAAAUACCGUUGAAAUAUAACAAGAGAAAAAACUUUGAAGAAGGGAAGAAAAUGAUUAUCUACAAAAUGAAACAGAAACUGUAA